AUGGAAGUGAUUUGAUGAAAAAAACCAACGGUGGUGCUGGAGAACAGGUGAUGAUUCUCUGCAAAGAUGGGCACUGUUCUUCAGGAAAGAAUAGAAAACUUAUUACCACAACCACUUCUACCAUCACCACCACUUCAAAGAAUGAGAAGAGUGGUCAAGAUUACUACUACAAUAAAGCCGACCCAAUGCCAAAGGGCCAAUCGGGUAGUGGGGAACAUGGGGAGAAACAGACUUUCAUGGUUAGUGGGAAGCCUACAUCUGAUGAGCAUCGUGAGAGUACUGCCCUCGAGCACUUUCCGGACAACACUGAUAUAGUUGAUAUGGACUAUUCUCCGGCCAAGAGAAAACCUCCAAUACACAACUGAAUGUUGGGAAUAAUAAAAACAAAAGUAGAAAGUAUUAGGAUAAUAAUAAAAAAGGAAUAGAAGUUGGACAGCAUUACCGAAUUGCUGCAGUUUUUGAGGCUUAGGAAUAUUGAUUUUGUACAUAAAAUAUUUUACUAUUAUUCUUAGCUUAAAGUAUCAUUUUGAUGAUUGAGUGAUAGACACUUGGGAACCACAAGCUGCCAUUGUAACAAUGAAAAGUGAAAACAAAAUAAAUAAUACCAGUUAUAUGCAG